CAUGUGUGCAUGCAACUGCUUCGAUCAGAUAAGUAAUGGUAAAAUUCAAGAAAUUAACAGUGACAUGUAUGACUGCUUUUCAGAUACAGAGGAUCAUUCAGCUAAAUAUGAUUUAGGGCAAAACUACAUCUGCACUGAAUGCAGUCCACAGUACUUAAAAACAAUCAAGAUAGAGAAGACAGGUUUAAACAGACAAUCGAAAACUGAAAAUACACAAGCCAAAGGGGCACAAUCAUCUGCUGAAACUCCACAUAUUACAUUUCCUUUUUCUGAAUUCUUUUCUGGCUCUGCUUGUAACAGCAGCAAAAGCAUAUUUCUUGAUUAUGAAGUCAUUUCUAAUAUGUUCUUGUUACUGUCUAAAACACAGUUUUCUCCUUGGAAAGUGUAUCUACAAUAUGGAAAAACUGGUGUCAUGCUACACUUUUACCUUGAAUCAAGUUCAGAGUCCUUACCAACAAAGAAGUUAACAAUGUUCUGUCCAUUUCUAUUUGGUGCACCUUACCAAGUUUCAUUUUCAGUAUAUGCUCUCGGAAAACAAGUUGAUAGUGGUUUUCUCCCUAAUGACUAUUUAAACAGAGUAAGUGAUCUUCUUGACACCCUUUUCUCAUUGCAGCUUUGUUUAGGUAUUUAUGAUGAAAAGUUGCUAAAAGCUAUCAAAAUGAGAAAGCCAAUUGAUGAUUCUGGAAGUGACUGUGAUAAAACUUACCAGAUAGACACAAAAUUUGUGCUUUCAAAUCGCUUUGGGAAACAGAUAAGUGAGACUAUAAGAAGUAUUAAUCCCCAAAGACCAUGCAAGAGGCUUCUAGAUCUGUCUCAUUCACAUGCACAGAGGUGUCAGAACUGCACAGUUUUAUUGCAAAAUACAAAUUUAUUUCAUGAACAGCAUAUGCCAUCUGACAAAUGCAGUACAGACUCACAUACUGCACUAUCUAAACUUAGCUUUGCUGAGCUACUUGAGAGAUACAAAAAUCUGAAAAAAUCAUGUGACUACUGGAAAUCAAGAACUAAAUACUAUAUGAAGAGUAAGAAAAUUAAACCCCCAGUAAAUUUUAACAUCUGUUCAACAGAGCUCGGUAGACUUAUAGAUAAAGCAGUUGAGGACAAUUUGUUAACACAAAACUCUGUCCUACAUCUGUUAUUGUUGGAUACUGUAAUAGGAUUGCAAAAACAGGAAAAAGAGUUUAUGAAAAGUAAUAAAAUGACCACAAACAGAAAAAGGCCAAGAGCCAAAGGGAUGAGGUAUCAUCCUUUGGUUAUUAAAUGGUGUUGCUCUUUGGCAAGCAAAUGUAGGGAAAAAGGCUAUGAAAGCAUUCGGAACAUACUUCCACUGCCUCACUGGCAAACAAUUAAGCAAUACAGACAGACCAGUUCUUCAUCAGAACCAAUAAAUCAAGAGAACUUAAGACGAAUGGUUCAAGAAAUGGAAAGGCAAAAUUGUAAAGCAAUUGGUGGCAUCCACUGGGAUGAAAUGAUGAUUCAAGAAGGAAUUGUAGUUUGUAAAAGAACAGGAGAACUAGUUGGUUUUGAAAAUCUUGACAUUCCACGAGCAAUAAGUGAUGACUUUGAUUCCAUGCAGAAAGAAAGCAGUGAGAGUUCUACUUCUGAUAAAGAGUCAUCAGAUUCUGAAUCUGAUCAAAAUUCAUCUAGUUCAUCAUCAAAUGAAAGUGAUUCUGGUGAAUAUCCAACAACAAACACUCAGUUAAAAGCAAAAAUUCUUCUUUUCUUCUGUUGA